GUUCUCCACUUUUUGACCGACCUCUGCCCUGCUGCUUGGCGGCGCAGCCGUGCGUCUCUUUCUGGCCUCUAGCCUCAUACACCACGCCAGUGAGCACCGCCUCGUGGACUUCCAUGCGGUAUUCCUUGUGACUUGCUGCCGCAUCUCCUUCUCCGAGACAAGGCGACGUACGUCAUUGAUCACCGCGGGAGAGGGGAGCAGAUAAAUCCCAACGAUCUUUAAAAGCGACUUUGCUGCAUCUGAGCUUCCCCAAGUAACAAAACCCACCCAUCAACCCAUUCGACAUGACCGACACGGCCUCGAUCUUUUCGACGACGGAGACGCUCGUCGACUGGCGUGACGCCCACGCGCUCCUGGCGCGGGAUCCCUCCGACGAAGGAUCGUCGCGUCUGCUGAGUGUGCCCGAGCUGUACGCCACCAUCCUCGUCUCCUUCCACCUCUACAAGCCCGACGUGGACCAACUCACUGCCGCAGGAUUCCCCACCGUCAUUGCCCGGGGCUCAAAACCAGUCCAGUCGUCGAGCGGAUCGACCUCGAACGGUGGUUUCUUGCCCCUCGGAAGGAAGCGCUACCAGGUCCAGAUCCCGCUCUUGGCCCUGGACGAUCGCCAGACAAAGCACCUUGCCAACCCGACCUCGUGGCAGGAGGCCCGCCAGCGCGCCGCCGAUGCUGGCCUCCGCCGCGGGCUAGGCUCCACCUACACGCUCCUCGAGUCGAUGCUGGCCGAGCUCGUCAACUACCGCGAGCGGCCGAUGCUUCAUCAGGUCCUCCGCCUCCUCUUCUACGGCUCCGACGUCCGGUCGCCCGCCCUCUUCUACCCGGCCCACCUGGUGCGGCGCGUGCCCAAGUGGGCCACCUGCUCCAGUGACGCGGCUCGCAGGGAGGUGGCGGCAGCCUCGGCCGGCGUUCGCUGGGCCACACUCCUGAUCCUCACUGCACCGCUCGACGGGUCGCGCUCCAACGUCGUCUCCAAGGAGCGGGAGAAAGAAUACUUUGAGGACAUGAAGAACAAUCAGAGCCACAAGUUCAGCCCGGACACGGACGAGGCGGCCCAGCGUCGCUUCGAGGGCACCUUUACGCCGACGGCCGCAGCAGAGGAGAAGCUCCAGCGGAUCCUCGAUACGCUUCAGAGCAGGGGCGCCCUCUGGACUGCAGCGGGGCACGAUACCAACAAGACGAUGCGCAACGAGGACCCAUCCAAGAGGCCUGCCUUUCUUGUUCAAGGUCUUUUCCCCGAGGCAAUGCUGGACAGAUUCAAGGACUACCACCGGAGUAGUAUGACGCCCAUGUCAUCGGACCUGUCCGAGGAAGCAAAGAGCAAGCGUGCUCCACUCCUCCUCGACCCCGUCUCGUCCGCCGCAUCCACAUCCACGGCCGAUAAGGAGGACCGUGCACCGGACUCGGCCCACAUCGAAGACGGCCUCGAGGGGUGUGCAGUCCGCGUCGUGCCCGAGCCAUUCAAGACUGGUUCACCCUGGGAGGCUGGCGGGUCAGCGGCCGUCUUCAUGGGCGCAGGUGCAGGAGCAGCGGGUGGUGGCUUUUGAUUCUUGCAAUACGAUCAAAUUACAGUGAGGCUUCUGCGCGACUAAAGUGCUUGAGGAUGCGUGCGAUGAAGGAUAUACAUUGUCAAUGCUAGAAGACGAUGGAGAGAAAGGGAAGCAAGAGGGGAAGCAAGAGAUGCAGCUCAGGAGAGGACGAGGGUGAUGGGCUCCGGACCGUCGUUUUGCUCAACUGUGACGAUGCCCGUCUUGUCGUCGACGAGGACCGACGACCGCUCGGCCCGGUAGUCGUUG